AUGACUACGCAACAUCUCCCCCACGGCGCCGAGUCUUCCUAUGACUACAUCGUUGUUGGCGGCGGCACUGCCGGUUGUGUCGUUGCGUCUCGUCUCGCCAGCUACCUCCCGGAGCGCAAGGUGCUCCUGAUCGAGGCUGGGCCUUCCGACUUCAACCUCAACCAAGUGCUGGAUCUUCGCCAAUGGCUGUCUCUGCUCGGCGGCGAACUCGACUAUGACUACGGCACGGUCGAGCAACCCAUGGGCAACUCCCACAUCCGCCACUCUCGCGCCAAGGUGCUCGGAGGCUGCUCCUCUCACAACACCCUCAUCUCCUUCCUCCCCUUCCGCCACGACAUGGAUCGUUGGGUUGCCCAAGGCUGCGUGGGUUGGACGUUCGAGGCCAUGAUGCGCUGUGCCGAAAAGCUGCGCAACACGUUCCAGCCAGUCCAUGCCCGCCAUCGUAACCAGCUCUGCAAGGACUGGGUCACGGCCUGCUCCAACGCCUUUGACAUUCCCAUCAUUCCCGACUUCAACGAGGAGAUCCGCUCCAAAGGCCAGCUGACCCAGGGCGCCGGCUUCUUCUCCAUCUCCUACAACCCGGACAACGGCUACCGUAGCAGCGCCUCCGUGGCCUACAUUCACCCCAUCCUCCGGGGCCAGGAGCGCCGACCAAACCUGACCGUCCUCACCAAGGCCUGGGUCCACCGCAUCGUGGUGGAGGACGACGUUGCCACGGGCGUCUCCAUCUACACCGCCGGGGGCCAGAAGGUGCUUCUCAAGCCCCGAAAGGAAGUCAUCCUGUCGGCCGGUGCCGUCGACACGCCCCGUCUCAUGCUCCACUCCGGGCUGGGCCCGCGCACCCAGCUCGAGAGCCUGGGACUGGAAGUCGUCAAGGAUAUCCCCGGCGUCGGCGAGAACCUGAUCGACCAUCCCGAGACCAUCAUCAUGUGGGAGCUUUCGAAGCCGGUCCCCGCCAACCAGACGACCAUGGACUCUGACGCCGGCGUGUUCCUUCGUCGCGAACCCACCGACGCUGCUGGGGGCGAUGGUGACGCGGCCGACAUCAUGAUGCACUGCUACCAGAUCCCAUUCUGCCUCAACACGGCGCGCCUGGGAUACCCCGUCAUCCAGGACGGCUACGCCUUCUGCAUGACCCCCAACAUCCCCCGCGCGCGGUCCCGUGGCCGUGUCUUCCUCACGUCAGCCGACCCGGCCGUCAAACCCGCCCUGGAUUUCCGCUACUUCACAGACCCCGAAGGUUAUGACGCCGCGACGCUGGUUGCCGGCAUCAAGGCCGCCCGCAAGAUCGCGCAGCAAAGCCCCUUCAAAGAAUGGCUCAAGGAGGAAGUGGCCCCCGGGCCCAAGGUCCAGACUGACGAGGAAAUCAGCGAGUACGCCCGUCGCGUCGCCCACACCGUCUACCAUCCUGCCGGAACCACCAAGAUGGGCGACGUGGGCAAGGAUGAACUCGCCGUGGUCGAUUCCCAGCUCAAGGUUCGCGGCAUCAAGAACCUGCGCGUCGCCGAUGCCGGCAUCUUCCCCGAGAUGACCACCAUCAACCCCAUGAUCACAGUGCUGUGCAUUGGGGAGCGUGCGGCUGAGCUGAUAGCCGGCGAGGAAGGAUGGAAGCCCGACGCCAAGCCGGCCAGACUCUGA